CCUGUGUACACAAAAGUUUGUUCAGCUUUUCCAUUCUAUUUAUAAUCAUACUAUCACCAACAUGAGUAUCAUUGAUUUUAUUUGUUCUGUCUUGUCAAUGACCUGUCCUUUCAACAUGCAAGAAUUUUAUCUCGUCUCAGCCUGAGUGUGAUUUUGUGUAGUUCUUUUCAUUCCGCCUAUGAUCACGUCAUUGUUGUUCAUUAUUCACCAACUGAGGAGCAGUUUGAACUGAUUCAAUUGACCUGUGAACAAGAGAAACAUCAGAGAUUAAAAUCCAUUACGAUCUGCCAUACUUCUUAGCAAUUGUAAAUUUUGUGGCCGUAAUUAUUGUUGUACUAAUUCACCAUCAUGGAGCCACGCUUUCGGGAACAGAAAAAAGACAUGUCGACUGCAACAAGGUUCAACUUGAAGUAUGUGAGUCUGGUGGUGUUGAUAAUCCAGACCACAAGCCUCGUGCUCACCAUGAGAUACUCGAGGAAAGUUCAAGAAGAUGGCCCCAAGUAUCUCUCCUCAACGGCCGUGGUCAUGGCUGAGGCGAUGAAGAUUGUAGCUUGUAUAUGUAUACUUUUUUAUCAGCAUGGUUCUUCUGUACCAGGGCUGCUAGCUGUUCUACAAGAGGAGAUCAUCAACAAACCAGUGGACACCGCCAAACUGGCUGUGCCAUCAGGUCUCUACACCAUACAGAAUAAUCUUCUGUUUUUAGCAUUAUCCAAUCUAGAUGCAGCUACUUACCAGGUGACCUACCAGCUCAAGAUUCUUACAACAGCAUUGUUUUCUGUUCUGAUGUUGAAUAGAAAGUUAGAUGUGAUGAAAUGGGUGUCAUUAGUUUUGCUAAUGGCUGGUGUAGCAUUGGUUCAGAUGCCAGGAGAGACAAAAGCAGCUGUCAAAGAGAUUUCAGCUUCCUCUCAGCUUAUUGGUCUGGGUGCUGUAUUAUGCGCAUGUUUUAGCAGUGGGUUUGCUGGAGUUUACUUUGAAAAGAUUCUCAAGGGUACAAGUUCCAGUUUAUGGGUUAGGAAUAUACAAUUAGGAGUGUUUGGUGUGAUUAUAGGUCUCGUUGCUGUGUUUCUAAACGAUCGCGAUGCUGUUUUUAAAGACGGCUUCUUCCAGGGGUAUCACAUGACCACGUGGAUCGUCAUAUCACUGCAGGCAUUUGGAGGCCUCGUCAUAGCCACAGUCAUUAAGUAUGCAGAUAACAUCCUGAAGGGAUUUGCCACUUCUCUCUCCAUUAUCUUAUCAACAGUCAUAUCAUAUUAUAUACUGGCUGAUUUCAUGCCAUCUAAGCUUUUCUUCAUUGGUGCUGGCGUUGUGAUAUCUGCCACAUUUUUGUAUGCCAAAGAAUGGAAGAAGGCUGGUCCAACUCUGCCUACCCACACAAACCCAACAAAUCUUUGAGAGGUCGAAGGGACAAUGUAGUGGAUGACUAUCAAGGCUGUGAAUCAGGCAAUAUGGAUUACGCAGUGAGGCAAUAUGGAUUACGCAGUGAGGCAAUAUGGAUGAAGUAGAGACUUUGCCAGUCAGUAUGCGGUGUCACCUGUGAUUUGGCAUUUGAGAGGUUGUUGGGAUGCUUUGUGCAGGUAUCUGUUCAUACUGAAGGCCUGAGCUGCCGCGGGUGAAAGCUGAGACAAUCAUGUUUAUGAAGUAUGAUGUCCAACCAGGCAAAACAGACAUGGUUAGUCAGUUGUGCCAAAUGUGAUGUACAGUGUAUGUUAUGAGAUGGAUUCAUUCAUGGCAGAGGCGGUUUCAGAAAUUUUGGAGAGGGGGGGAUGCAGGGUAAACUAAAAAGCCUCUUUGGUGUGAUCUUAGGAAGGAGGGGGAUUUGAGGUCCUGUAUCAGGUGUUUUCCACUCAUCUGAUGGCCAGAAUUAGAAGUAGUCGAAGGCUUCUUGGUGAGAGGUGCUCUGAACAAUCGUUGCUAUCUGUCACUGCGUACAUGUAUUAUUUGUUACUGUACUCACCAAGGUAGUUCUUGAUGAUCCAGGUUUUUUUCAGAUAUCUAGUCUCGAUGCCUGUGAGAACUUUUACUGUAGAAGCAGCCUCAUGUACAUGUAUACCAAAGCUUAUACUGUUCACCUUGAAUUGCAAACGGGUAUAUAUAUUGCUUGCAAAGCGUUAAUGGUGUCUCAGAAUUGAUGUAUAGAUCUUCCUGACACGUUUGUGUACAUGUACAUGUAAAAUCACAAAUGGAUGUUUUGUUUUAGUUAGUGCACGACAUGCAGACAACUUGGAAACAUUGUUUUCAUGGUCAUGGGUCUACAUUUUAGAAUGCUUUCUAUUCCAAAUCUUUUAUACCUAGUUUUACUUAAGCAGAAAAACAAAUCUGGCAUAUGAUUUCAUUCACUUUACUACUGGUUGUCAGGGAUGUUUUUGUUACAUGUACGUGUAAUACAAGACUGUAAUACACUGUCUUUUUGAAAAUUGAGAUUAAACUUCGGCAAUAUUCAUAAUAUGUGUUAAUCAAUGAUUAUAAGAAUAAUUCAUGAUGGUGCUGGGAUGACUGUUGUACAUUGUCAUAAAGGUUGGUUCUGUUGUACAAUGUUGAUUGCAUUUUUGAUUGUAAUAGCUAGCUUGGAUUAUCAAGAAACUAGAUUUAGGAAUCUUUUUGGAAUUUUGUUAAAGAUCAUGAAUUGUUACAAUAUAUGUGUUUAUUUUCUUGUCUAGUACAAUUGCUUACUCAGUUCUUAAUUAUUUUUAACUUUAUUUCCAUUUUUCAUGGUAUUUAUUGCUGUACAUGUACAAUACAUGUACAGUAUAUGUACAAUACAUUGUUUGUUGAGAGUAUAGUUUUUCAUUUGGUAAUGUUUUGCAACGAUUGUUGCACUCCAUGCAAGUUUCUUUUGAAAAACUUGUCUCAUCACUCACCAUUAGGCCUUAUCCAUGUAUUUGGUCAUAUGUGAAGCUCUCAAUACAUUGUAUCCGAGGAAUACAUGUAGUUCUCGGUUUCGGACUGUUCACUGAAUUUUACCAGAUUUUCUCUCCAUUAAAGCAACAAAAAUCGCAUUGUUUUAUUUACGAGUAGAAUUUCAGUAUUUUUUCCACUACUACGUUUCUCUAAGAUUUUAUUUGUAAGUUUGUCGGCAGCGAUGUGAAUAAUCUCGGGUCUUUCCUCAUCAUACUCCCUGGGUCGUAGCCCUUGUGAGAAUGAUGCAAACACAGGUGAUGUUGGGAGAAGUAUUAGGACUGUAUAAUACAUGUAGACUUUUCCCCGAGAUUACUAGUAUAUUUUAAUAAACAUUCCUACUGUUGAAUGA